AUGGUGGGAUAUGGGAUCGAAAAGAAAAAUGACAGACGAGAACUUACAGCAAAUGACUAUGGCGAGGCGGGUAUUGUCAGCGGUAUAGCUACCCGCUGCAUCAUUCAACCACUAGAUGUGUUGAAAAUUCGAUUUCAGCUGCAAGAAGAAGCAAUUAGCGGCAUCAAUCCAGGAAAGUAUAGUGGCGUGAAGCAGGCCGUUGUUUUAAUUUUUAAGGAAGAAGGAAUUACCGCUUUUUGGAAGGGCCAUGUGCCAGCUCAAGGGCUUUCCGCCGUUUAUGGCCUUGUACAGUUUACAUCAUUUGAAAUAUUAACUAAGAAAUCAAAGCAGUUUGAAAUUGCAAAUCGGAAGAGGAAAGUGACAGAUUUUGUCUGUGGAGCAGUGGCUGGUUGUUCUGCUAUGAUUGCUGCAUCUCCUUUAGAUGUUAUAAGGACAAGGUUAAUAGCUCAAGGAAGCCUUAAGGUUUAUCGAGGCAUGAUAAAUGCGUCUUGUCUUAUGUGGGAACGAGAAGGGAUUAGAAGUUUUUUUCGUGGCUUAUCUCCUUCAUUAGUAUAUAUUGCCCCAUACACAGGUUUCUUGGAACUCUUUGGAGUUUUUUUUUAUCAAAACUUCUUUCUCCUUGGGUUGCAGUUUACACUGUUCAACUGGUUUUCUGGUAUUUGGACGAAAUUAACCGGAAGGGAAGAAACGCAAGGGGCACUUAUUUGUGGGGCUUUAUCGGGCGCAUCAGCUAAAACUAUUCUUUAUCCUUUUGAUAUGGUUCGCCAUAGACUUCAGUUACGUGGUUUUCAUCGUAUCGGGUUUGGGAAAACUACGCAGUAUCGAACUAUGGUGGGAACACUUGUCCAUGUAAUUAGAAAUGAAAGUUUCUUUGGGCUAUUCAAAGGGUUAUUUCCAUCCAUUUUGAAAGCUGCAGUAAGCACAGGGUUUGCAUUUUUGUUUUACGACGUUGCAUUAGACAUAAUUCGUUCAUUAUGA